UUAAGCGCACUUCGCAGCUAAAGAGUCUUACAUCAAGAGUGCUCCAAGAGUGCUAUAGCUCGAUCACUGAUUUAUUUAUAUAGUUAGUCAGUUUGUUUAUUGAAUUCGGUUAUCCAAUCGACCGGAAGUGGAAGUCAAAAACGCGUCGGUCUCUUGCUUUCCUUCUGUUUAGCAAAUUAAGUGAACUAAUGGAAUUUUUCUUCAAGUUUAACUCGUUUCAAUUUACGCGCAUGAUUUCGUCCUAAUCAAUUAAUUUUAGACGGCGGUUAAUCUAAUUAUUGUAGUUGUUUUCUGUGUACCUACGUUACUUAUACCUAUAUGCGAUGUGAUUACUUUCCUAAUUAAUUUAACGCGCAUCUCAAAUAAAAAAUACACGCGUAUAGUUUUAUAAAGAAAAAAAUUGAUGGAUACGGUUUUAUAAUAAUAAAGUGUGGUGGAUUAUUUAGAGAAGGUGCUGGAGUCGAUGUCUGCAAGUGGCUACGGGGAAGGUCCCGUGGUGUCGGACCGGGGCGACCUGCAUGGGUUGCUACCUGAACUCAAUGGCGUCGAAUUGGCUAUGAGCUUGAGUCCAAAACAUCAUCACGGCGGUCCUCAAGUUUUGAGCCAUCUUCAGCAAUUACACCACCACUCCACACCAUUCAGUGUUACUGAUAUCCUUAGUCCAAUUGAAGAGUCGUAUAGGAAAUUGGAAGUUGCUACUAAUCCUCCUUCGCCUUACAGAUCAACCUCUAGUGGAAGUAGCAUAAAUUCACCAGGAGCCGGAGGUGGAUUAAACGGAGGCGCGAUGAACACUGGUUAUCCAGUAAUGGGCCAAUUUGGCGGCGGUCAGUAUUGUCCCGUUUCCGAAAAUCUCGGAUUAACACCUCAUUACUCGUCCGGAUGGUAUCAAAGUUCGGCGGCGGAUCCUAGAUUUGCAAAUACGCCCGGAAGCGAAAAUCCGAUAUUAUACAACCCGUAUUUCUAA